AUGGCGUCCUCAUCAGCAACAACGCCAGACACUCAGGUCACCCUGAAGAUCAACUUCGACGGCAUGACUCGCCGCCAUAAGCUCCCACUGCGCGACAUGGGACCCAGCACUCUUGAAGAUAAGGUGAGAGCUCUUUUGGGCGUUACCUCUGAUGCCAACGUCACUCUCGAGAGGUAUUCCGACUCGGCUGGUUCGUACAUCACACUCGAUAAGCAGAAUGUCUCAGUCUACAAGCAGCUGUACAGAGCUGCCAAGGCCAAGCAAAAACUCAAGCUCCGUGUUACCAAAUUGUCCGAGGAGAAGAUGUCUCCCAGACCAGUGUCAGUGGAGGAUGUGCCCGAGUCCAGCACUCCUCUCGUCGAGAAGGAGGCCGAGGAGCAGAAGCCGGAAGACGCCGCGACGCAACCCCUCGUUGAUCUGAGGCAAUCUAGCGUCAUUGACAACGAGACCAAGAAGGAAUUGCCCACGAGCGACACCGGACUUGACUUCGAAGCCUCCAUCCUUGCAUCUCUGCUGAGAAGACACGCCAAGAUUAACGACGAGGAGGUGCCAGCCGCUUCUGCAGAUAUUCCCGUUUCUGAGGGUAUUACGGCCCGAGACCAGUGGUUCGCUAAUGCUGCCGCCACCGAGACUCCGUCACGAGCUUCUUGGGGUCGCUGCCCCGCAUUGAUGCACCCCAACACCAACUUCGCCGUGUGCUGUAACAGCUGCGACCAAACAGUUCCCGAAGCUCACUACCACUGCUCCACAUGCGAUGAUGGUGAUUUCGAUCUUUGCCAAAACUGCGUUGACCAGGGUAUCACAUGCUACGGCGCUGACCACUGGCUCAUCAAGAGGAUUGUCAAGAAUGGCCAAAUCAUCAACAGCACUACGGAGACGAUUGCACCAAAGCCCAAGGCCAAGGUCGAGGAGUCGGUUCCAGAGCCUCCCAGGGCACCCGCCAACAUCAGUGAGCUCCUUCGUCCAGUCUUCAACACUGCGCUGUACAGCAUGCGCACCUGCAACUGCUGUGUGACGGAACUCCCAGAGUCCAGCUUCCUCCACUGCGCAGCUUGCGAGGAUUUCGACUUGUGCCACGCAUGCUUCGAGAAGGACUCCCAUGGUCACAACCCCAAGCAUUCCUUCGUCCCCGCCGUCGAGGGUGCUCACGUCCCUAGCCACAUUCAGAUCAAGCUGGCUCCUGGCCGCAACCAGAGCCACAAUGCCAUUUGCGAUGGCUGCGACAAAUACAUUGCUGGUGUCCGCCACAAGUGCCUCGAUUGCCCCGACUGGGACUACUGCGCUGACUGCAUCGUGAACUCCAAGUUUGUUCACCCCAAUCACCGCUUCGUUCCCAUUUACGAGCCUCUCGAGGAGGUCCGCAGCCGUGCCGUCAGCCGCUCUGUGCACUUUGGUAUCUGCUGCGAUGGGCCCCUGUGCGCCCGCACUUACAACGCACCCGCCUACAUCUCUGGCGUUCGAUACAAGUGCACUGUUUGCCACGACACUGAUUUCUGUGCCAACUGUGAGGCUAGCCCUGCUAACACCCACAACAAGACCCAUCCCCUCGUCAAGUUCAAAACUCCAGUCCGUCACGUCACUGUUACCACUACUGGCGAGCGUGGAGAUGGACAGCGUAUGCAGCAGAUGGGCGACCGCAGUCUUCGCCGCACUAGCUCUCGCUCUACUGAGACCACCGCAAACGCUUCCAUGAACGUUCCACAGACCGUUGUGGAUGUGAAGCCCACAGAGCCGGCUGUCAAGGAAGAGGUUGUCGAGAAGACUCCUGAACCUGAAGCUAAGCCGAUUAUCAAGGAGGAGGUUGUCGAGGAGACCCCCAAGGUAGAAGUCAAGGAGGAGGUGGCCGAGGAGAAGACCGUGCCAAUUGUUGAGAAGCCCCUUUCCGAGCAGGAUCUUCAGGCUGUCUUUGUCCGCGAUACGGUCGCUGAUGGCACUCUUCUGCCGCCCAACCACGUCUUUGAGCAGACAUGGGUCCUCCGCAACGACGGCGAUAUUGCAUGGCCUGCUGGAUGUUCAGUCAAGUUCGUUGGUGGCGACUACAUGGGCCACGUCGACUCGAACCACCCGGCCGGUAUCUCUGAGCUCGUUUCUGCCUCAGAGUCAACUGUCUGCUAUGCACCGCUCGCCCCUGGUCAGGAGUUCUCUUUCAAUGUCCUCCUCCGGACACCUGCGCGCGAGGGCAAGAUAAUCUCUUACUGGCGCCUGACAACCAAGGAUGGUUUGAAGUUUGGUCACAGACUCUGGUGCGAUGUCAGCGUUCAGUUGACUCAGCCAGCUCUUGAGGAGCCUAAGCAAGAGCCCAAGGAGAUCCCCACUGAGAUGCAGAGCAGCACCAUGAUUUUCCCCAAGCUCGAGAAGGAAUCCCCUGUCUCUAGCAUCCACCAGGAGGUGAAGUCCGAGUCCGCUCGUGCGACCAGUUCAGAGGCUGAGCAGUUUGAGGACUGCGGCGAAGAAGAGGACUGGGAUGCUUCUGAUGACGGCUUCAUGACCGACGAGGAGUACGACAUCCUGGAUGCCUCUGACGAGGAAUUCUCCGAGGAGCAGCAGCGAAGACUCAGAAAGUGA